CAUAUGUUGAGCCAAUGAGAGUCGCCCAGGUGCCACCAGACAGACGUGACUGGAAGAAGAUCUCGGUUGUAACUCUUGCGUCGCUGCAAGUGGAACAUAAAAGUCCGCUGCUGCUGCAUGGACAAGUGUAUAGGGUUCAUGCAGGAGGGAUUCCAACAACAGAAUUUAUGGUUUAAAGAACACAUCUCGUUUAUCUGUUUCUCCUAAAUAACAUCAUGAAAGGCACUCAUGCCUCCUUGUGCCUACAUAUCCCCAUCACUGGGAUGAGUGCACAUGUGAGUCCAUCCCUCGGGGGCCUUUCUUCCCCUUACCAACUAACCUACUGCAAGGAGGAGGGUCCAACCAAGCUUGUGGACACAUUCAGGCUUACAGAGUCUUCUCAGAUACUGUUGUUGAAAGAGUGGUUGCUGCUUUGCUCGGACUCCCAGACCUUCUUGAGCAUGGGCAACGAACAGGGCUUGAGCAUUGAGGCAGAUCUUGAUAGUUUGCCAAAAUGCUGUGGGAUCGGAAGGAGGAGACGGGGGGGGCUCGUUUACCCCGGAACCCCUUUGCUUCACAUCGAGGAGAUACCCAGGUCUCCACAACUGCCUACAAACCCAAGAAGCCUGCCAAAGCUCUGGUUAACAUAUGAGGAGACACAGGACUAUGAGGAAGAGUCCUCCUUUUGCUUGCCAGGCAAAGAAAGAGAGGUAAUAGGUCAUUCAAGCUUUGAUGUAAUGGACUUGAAGCCAUCAUUGAGAGUAGUCACAUUAUCCUCGCCAUAUGUCAGCAAGAACUGCCCGGUUUUUCACGGUGAGGAUGAAGGUGAAGAGUCUGGCUCAGAUACUGACCUCUCCGAAUAUGACGAAGUCUGUUCUCAUUUUGGUUUGGAUCCAAGGACUGAAGACGCAAACAGAAACCCAAAAGAGCAAAGGACGAACACUCAAAACAACACAGUGGGAAAGUCCCCUGAGACAACCCCUGCAGCACAACGCGUUCAGAGCAAGAUCGAAGAGGUGGAAGACAUCAUCGGUCGAGUCAGUCUCACCAGUUUGGAGUGGGUCGAAAAGACUAACACAGCCAGUGAUGAACCUCAUUUAGUGGAUGGACGAUAUUUGGACAAUGAGGUUCCGCAGCAUCACAAAGACAAGCACUGCAAGGUUUUAGUUGAUGAGCUCCGUUGUCUGGGUGAGGCCCUGAGUGAGAGUCUUCACCAAGCCUUGAGGAUGGAGGGAGACAGCAAAGAGUGGUGGACAAUACCAUACGGACAUACAGAACAAUCCAAAAAGAGUCUGUUGGAACCAACACCAAGGCUACCAUCCUGUUGUCGGAACUAUUCCUCGUCAAGCUCUCAGUCUCCACAUCCAGAAAUGACGUACCGGUCGUUGGCGUGUGAAACGUCUAGUAGCAUCACCCCAUCAGUGUACAACAACAACCACAAACAGGACAUCUACGACAGCUAUGCACUGUUGAGAAGGUCAGCCGGCAAUAGUUCGACUGAAAAGGAGGACCUAAAUUGUACCAAUCUAAGAAGGAGUGAGGAGACACAGAUGCAGAGAGGCCUUUGUGAUGCUGAGGACGACCAAGAUGACCUCCUAUCCUCAGAUGAAGCUCUCCUAAAUCAGGAUGACGUCUGGCAACAGGAGAUGGAGGAAUCCCUCUCCUUCUGCAAUUGGUUCUCUCAUCCCUCCCGGCCCAAGCUCAUAGACUUCUUACGGAUUACUGCCGUCGAGGAUGAUAUCAGUGGGACGGCCACUCCAGUACCCCCAGAAUUUAGUUCAGAAGCCUCCAACCCAGUAGAAGGAGAACGAACGCCUGGACAUCUACAAGUCGUGUGGCCUCCACCCAAAGAGGAGAAAGUUGGUUUAAAGUAUACUGAAGCAGAGCACCAAGCUGCUCUUCUUCAACUGAAGAGAGAAUGCAAAGAAGAAUUGGAGAAGUUACAGGAGGACUUCUACUAUGAGUUCUCCAGGCUGAGAGAAGAACAGGACGGCAAAAUAUCCUGUCUGGAGCUGACUGUGUCUGAGCUGCAGGCCGAGCUUGCCCAGGCGGGCCCCCUCCAACGUGGCGAGCUCAGAGACGUAGGCGUGUCCACGCAGGACGACUCGGGUCCGCAGAAGUCUUUCCGCACCGUCUGCGUCCAAACGGACCGAGAGAGCUUCGUCAAGAACGAGGACGACGUGAAGAGGAGAGACUGCCUGACCCCGCAGCACAGGGUGACCACCAGAAAACUAAACGUGGCUUCUGUCGGCGUGAGCCCGGCAGGAGAACCUUUGUCGUGUUUGUCACCAGCGGUGAACUUUAAACAAACUUCAGGCGUCACCGCACCACUUCCUCCGCCUCCACCUCUCCCACCUCCCCCUCCCAUGUCAGCAGCAGGUCCCCCACCUCCUCCGCCACCUCCAUCCUUGUCUCAUCUGACUAUAUCAACAACCCCAUCUUCAUUUGCGGCUCCCAGGAAACCUCAGGUGGAGCCUACGCGCCCCAUGAAGCCUCUGUACUGGACCAGGAUUCAGAUUCAGGACCAGAAGAAGAACACUUUGUGGAAUGCACUAGAAGAAACACAUAUCGUGAAUACAGCAGAGUUUGAGGAGCUGUUUGCCAAAACCAUCUCACGCCUGAAGAGAAAACCACUGGCGGAGAAUUAUGAGAAGAAAGCAAAAGCCAGGAAGAUCAUCAAGCUGCUGGAUGGUAAGCGUUCUCAGACUGUGGGCAUCCUCAUCUCAAGCCUCCAUCUGGAAAUGAACGAUAUCCAACAAGCUGUUCUGACUGUGGACAACUCUGUGGUGGACCUUGAGACUAUUGAGGCUCUGUAUGAGAACAGAGCUCAACCAGAGGAGCUGGAGAGGAUCAAGACACAUUAUGACGCUUCCAAGGAGGAGGAGAUUAAACUUCUGGACAAACCUGAACAGUUCCUGUACGAGCUUUCGCAGAUUCCAGACUUCGCUGGCAGGGCCCGCUGCAUCAUCUUCAAGUCGGCCUUCAACGACGGGAUGGCCUCCAUCCAACACAAGCUUCACAUUGUCUCCAGCGUGUGUGAGGCUCUGCUGGAGAAGAGCGGCGUGAGGGACGUGCUCGGAUUGGUGCUGGCUCUGGGCAAUCACAUGAACGGAGGGAACCGGAUCAGAGGCCAGGCGGACGGCUUUGGCCUGGAGAUCCUUCCAAAACUCAAAGAUGUCAAGAGCAGGGACAACCGCAUCAGCCUGGUGGAUUAUGUGGUAUCAUAUUACCUGCACAAUGUGGAUAAGAAUGCCGGAACAGACAACAGUAGUUUCCCACUUCCUGAACCUCAGGAGGUCUUCCUGGCAGCUCAGGUCAAUUUUGAUGACCUCGAAGCCGAGCUGAGAAAGCUUGGGCGAGAUCUGGCAGGAUGUGAAAAAGAUGUGCAGAAGGUCUGCUCGGACUCUCCUGAAGAACAUCUGCAGCCGUUUAAAGACAGAAUGGAGACUUUUCUUCUCGGUGCCCGUAAAGAACAUUCUGGAGCAUCACAUCAGCUGAUGGCUGCACAUAAAAGUUUUCAGGACCUGUGUGUGUACUUUGGGGCGGCGGGAGACAAGGAAGUGACGUCUGGUCAUUUCUUCAUGCUGUGGUUCGAGUUUUGUGCAGACUUCAAGGCUAGGUGGAAGAAGGAGAAUAGGAACAUCUCUAAAGCCAGGUUAAAAGAGGCCCAGCUGUCAGUGAGGAAGAUCACAGCAGAGAAGAAAGUGGAGACCAGGAAGAUAAACGCCAACAGUCUGAAAGAACGACUGCGACAGAAAGAAGCGAACAUGACUUCUGCUUAAAGGUUCUUGUUUCUACACUUUUAAAGCGGGUCAGAAUGUUAAGAUGUUGUCUAAAAGCAAUGCUUGGACUCAACAGUACCACGGUUUGACACUGGAACGGACUAAUCCUGUUUCCAUUGUCUCCAAUACACCUGAACAAUUGGGUUUUAUAACAUAUUUUUGGUCAGGACAGUUGGAACGUGGUCUCUGAGCCGGACCACCCAGCAGGCACAAGACAUUGAAACAUUGACAACUUGUUGAAUUAGGUUCUGACGCUGAGCAACUCAAACAUAACGUUGAAACAACAUGCUUUUGGACAACGUUUAUUCAAUGUCGGGUUGUGACAUUGAUUUGAGACGAAUGAAAUUUGGUAAUUUCCCAACUAAUAUUCCACAAUACAGAUAAAAUAUUUAAACAUGCUUUUAGACGACGUUUAAUCAAUGUCAGGUUGUGACGUUGAUUUGACCAUUGAAAUCUGGUCAUUUGCCAACCAAUAUUCUAUAACUCAAACAUAACGUUGAAACACGCUUUUGGACAACGUUUAAUCAAUGUUGGGUUGUGACAUUGAUUUGACCAUUGAAUUUGUCAUUUUCCAACCAAUUUUCCACAACACAAAUACAACAUUGAAACAUGCUUUUUUAUAACGUUUAUUCAAUGUUAGGUUCUGAUGUUAAUUUGAGACCAUUGAAAUUUGGUAAUUUUCUAGCCCAUAUUCCACAAAGCAGAUACAACGUUAAAACGUGCUUUUUGACUAUUUUUAUUCAAUGUCAGGUUGUGGUGUUGGUUUGAGACCAAUGAUUUUUGGUCAUUUCCCAACCAAUAUUCAACAAAUCAAACCUAACGUUGAAACAUGCUUUUGGACGACGUUUAAUUAAUAUCAGGUUGUGACAUUGAAUUGAGACUAUUGAAUUUAGGUCAAUAUUUUACAACACAGAUACGACAUUGAAACAUGCUUUUUGACUACGUUUAUUCAAUGUCAGGUUGUGAUGUUGAUUUAAGACCAUUGAUUUUGGUAAUUUCCCAACCAAUAUACAACAACUCAAACAUAACAUUGAAACAUGCUUUUGGGUGAUAUUUAAUCAAUGUUGGGUUGUAAUGUUGAUUUGACCAUUGAAUUUUGGUAAUUUUGCAACCAAUGUUUUACAACACAAAUAGAAAGUUGGAACAUGUUUUUUGACAACAUCUAUUCAAUGUCGGGUUGUGAGGUUGAUUUAACCAUUGAAGUGUGGUAAUUUCCCAUUGGGAAAACCAACAACGUUGAUCCAACGUUAGACAUCAACGUUGUCUCCCUUUACAAAUACAACUAUUUUUCAACGUUGUUUCAAAGGGCAUUUACGCAUAAUCAAAGUAUCAAUGUCCUGUGCCUGCUGGGCAGGCUGGAUCAGAAUCUUACUACCAAAAAAAAAAAGAUAUAUGGUGUCUUUUGCUUUUCAUUUCAUUUAAUGACUGACAACUUUCCAAUGUGCAACCUAAAAUGUUGAUGAUCUAUUGUGCAAUAUUUCCAUCAUGUAUACUGUAUGUGUAUAUAUAAACUGUAUGCAGAGAGAUAUUAUAUACAGUAUUUCAUAUAUUUGAUUCCUCUCAUGUAUGGUCUCUUGCAUAUCAUUCUCAAAUAAAACACUCAUUUGAA